AUAACCAGGCAUAGUGGACAUGCAUGUGUACGAUGGCGAUGUUGGCACCGUUCCGUUCGGCAUUCAGUCGAGAUUCUCACAUCUCUUACGCAACAUGAACAGUGAACUUGUCCUGCCGAGAGUGAAAUUAUCCAACUCGCUGAACGUUUCGGUCGUCGACAUUGAAGAUGACGCACUGCCCAAAAAAACAGUUGACGUAGUAAGUGAGGUUAGGAGAGUGUUUAACAGCCACAGGACCAGACCUUAUUCAUUCCGACUGAACCAACUGAAGGGCUUGGUCAAGUUCUUGCAAGUUGAAGAAGAGGCUUUGUGCGAUGCCCUCUAUGAAGAUCUGAAGAAAUCAAAAUUCGAAGCUGUGUCUCAUGAGAUCGAAUUUGCCUUGAAAGACGCGAAGGAAGCCGUUACAAAUUUGCAAAGUUGGAUGAAGCCGGAGAGACCCAGGAAGACCGCUGCGAAUUUUUUUGAUGAUUUAUAUAUUUAUAACGAUCCUUACGGUGUUGUUCUUUUGAUAGCGCCUUGGAAUUUCCCGGUGCAAUUGCUGAUCAUCCCUCUCAUAGGUGCUAUAGCUGCAGGCAACUGUGUCGUUAUCAAACCAUCAGAAAUCGCCUCUGCAACUGCCCAAGUAUUUGCCACCCUUUUACCUAAAUACAUCGAUUCACAAUGCUAUCCAGUAGUGCUGGGAGGACCGGAAGAUACAACCGAACUUCUUCAACAAAGAUUCGACUAUAUAUUUUUCACCGGAUCUCCAAAAGUGGGAAAGACCGUAUACCAAGCUGCAAGCAAGUACCUCACACCCACUACCCUUGAAAUGGGGGGUAAGAGCCCGGUUUAUAUCGACAGCACGGCUGACAUGGAGUUGACAGCUAAAAGAAUCAUGUGGGGCAAAACACAAAACGCUGGACAAAUAUGCAUUGCUCCUGAUUAUAUUUUGUGUACGAAGAAAGUGCAGGAAAAAUUUGUUCUUCACGCAGCGAAAGCUUUGCAGGCAUUUUACGAUGAUAAAGUUAAGUCCUCAACUGACUAUGGAAGAAUAGCCUCCCUGAAACAUUUUAAUAGACUGGUGGACCUACUGCGAAACCAGAAACCUGCAAUUGGAGGCCAAAGCGAUCCGCACAAUUUAUUUAUCGAACCAACAGUAUUGGUGGAGGUCAGUCCUAUGGAUCCAGUAAUGCAGGAAGAAAUAUUUGGUCCCAUAUUACCAAUAGUAAAUAUCAGAAAUAUGGAUGAAGCUAUAGAUUUUAUAAAUGACAGGGAAAAACCAUUGGCUCUCUAUGUGUUUACGAACGAUCAGAGUGUCAAGGACGCUUUUUUGGAAAGGACCUCUAGCGGAAGCGUUGCAAUUAAUGAUACUGUACUACAGGUGGUUGCUGAUGGUCUACCAUUCGGUGGUGUUGGGAAUUCAGGGAUUGGAGCUUAUCAUGGGAAGAAAACAUUUGACACCUUCGUCCACAAGAAGUCGGUGCUAUCGAAGGGUUUCUUUUUUCUACCAGAAAAAAUAGAGUCUGUUAGAUAUCCUCCUUACACGAAUAUGAAGUUGAAUGUGUUGAAAGCUCGAUUUAGGUACAACCACUCACUACCUACUAAAUAUGUUUCACACGUUGUUAUGUUCAUGUUAGGUGUGUUGGUUACAAUAGCUGUUUAUUAUAUAAUACUAUUAUUUAAUGAAAAUUAAAUUAAGAUGCAAUAGAUAUAUUUUUUUACGUAAUUAGAAGUUGUCAGUAGUCAAAUAUUUUUUUAACAGUAACAAUGACAUUGGUAGGUAUUAUUUUUUAAAUGGAAGGUAAAUUAAAUUUAUCUUAGUUCUAGAUGUCUUGUGAUAUGUAGGUUAAGAAAAACAAUUGGCAGAUAAUUUGGGAAAAUGUCUGUAUUAUGUAUACAACCCUGUAACAAGUUCAUUAUUAUGUUGUUUUUAAUAUAUUUCUAAAAAAAUGAAUAUAUUUAUUUUAUAAGUACAAUGUCAUCGGAAAGUUUUAGACUGUACACUGGCAAUAGUAUGGAAAAUUUGGGUAAGUCAGCGACUGUCAAAAUAAAUUCAUAAACUGUUAAUCCUCGCAUUGACCCAAACAUUGUUUAAAUAUCACUGAAACGAAAUAGAACAAUUAUUUAAACUUAAAAUAUGUAUGUGCAAGUUCCGUUAAUCAUUACAAACCAACAUAGUCCUUCUCCAGUUCAACACUAAACUUGAAAAGAGAUACCUAACUUUGAAACGUGAAGUAAAACAAAUGUUUUGGAGAAUAAUUUAUUUUAUUUACAAUAUAAUUUUCAAAAUAUUUUACCUGUCGCUCUAAAUAUAGGAAUAACAGUAAUAUAACUUUAUGAUGCACUUUCAGAUCUGAUUCAUCAUAUCAAAACAUACGAAAAUCUAGAGCAACGACUUUCUCUAAAACGAUUUUCAAGGACUCUACGAUCCUUCAACGACUGAAACACUAAUUUUGAUUAAUCCAGAACCAUAAAAGAUUUAGAUUUUAAAUUUGCUACAGUCUAGUAGGUAUCUCUUAUAAUGCCUACAUAGGCAUUACAUACCUAACUAAUAUUUAAACAGAAACUAACCAGUGACGUAGAAAUUAGAGGGGAUCUGAAAAAUUUCAAAAUCAGCAAAAUAGAUACUUGACAUUAAAGAGAAUAUUUCGAAUAGAUCAUUCCAAAUAAAAUUUUUCGUAUUUUCUGGCAGACGUAAAUUAAGCAGAUUUUUUAGAACCUGAAUAAAUUUAUUUGAGUAAGACAUAAUUAUAAUGAAUAUAUUAAACUUUCUCAUAGAUAUGGGUCAAACCAUGCCAAAUCACUAAGGUCGUGACCCGACCUAUUUAAAUUUUCCUAAUUUUUUGGUAUUAUUUAGUACUUAUUUAGAGUAGCUUUCUU